AUGGAGCAAUCCGCUCAUUUGCAGGGGUUGCCCCAGGGCAAUGACCAAGAUACACUGCCUCCAGAUUACUGGGAUACUCUGGAUGCUAUGUACCCGACCCCUGAUGCGCAACUCCAGCAAAAUGCCCAAGCUCAACAUGAUUCUGCAUCACAGAACACUUUAGGGAUUGGCUGGGACCAUCCUGUAUUUCAGGAUCAGAGAGAGCUUGCCCCUAGACCAGAACAAGACCAUGGCAUCUAUACCUCAAUGCAUGAACCUUGGCAGGCGCAGACUCCUCUCCAACAGUCACAACGAAGUUAUGGGGGCCAUCCGCAAUUUGAGCAACCGCAAGCUCCCCAGUAUGGGCAGAUGAAUUUUGACUCUCGUCCUCUAAAUGCAUCGGAGUCAUCUGCUUUUCCAUCAUACUCUUUUCAGCCGGGGUAUUUUCCCCCACACCAACAGUUGCCCAUCCAAGACACCUUCACAGCAGCACCUUCCCGACGACUGCAGCCACAACAAUACACACUACCCCAAGGCUUCCCCCAGGAGAUGAUGUCAAACACGAUUGACCUCACCAACGAUUACUCUGAUUCAGAUCCCAACGUCACCAUCAACCCACAGUUUCUGAACCCCGCACAAGCAUCUGGCCAACCUCCUUUGGCAAAUGGUCUUGUUUAUGCUCUCCCCUCGCACUUCCAGAGACAACCAACCGAGCAGGACCGGCAUUUUGACUAUUACCAGCACGGUCUCACAGUCCAACCACAGCUUGGACCAGCUUCCGAAAUGUCGGCCACAGGUCUGCCUGUGCCAGACGUUGUGAUUCAGACGAAGAAGGGACCUAUUAAGAAACUGCAACCAAAGACCAAGGGUCCAAAGAAAGCCCCGUCAAAGUCAGAAAGUGAAAGUUCCGAUGAAUCGGACCUUGAAAUUGAGGCUCCAGAUGAGCCUUUCCCAUUACCCACUGCCCGACCAACAGACCCCGUGGCUGCAGCUCAAUUUGAUACAGUGCAAGCGGUGUGGUCACCACGAAACAAGUGGCCCGGCCCCGAGAAGGUGAAGAAUGCGUUGGUGGCCUACAAGGAUCUCGUCAAGUCGCUUCGAGAUGCAUGGAAAGAACAAGUUCAGGCGAUGAAAACGGCCGAGAACCAAGGAGAUAAUAAUAAAGCUGCCAAGGUGAAAGAAUAUGUCAUCUCUCAGCGUCGGAUAAUGGACAAAAUUGCAACGACAACGUUAGAAAUGGGUCAUUCCGUCAUUGUUGACAAGCUGGGAGAGCACCCUAUGGUUGUGGCAGCUCUGUACUCCUUCUUGGUCGACCGCUUUCAGGCUGCAGACUUUGCAGGUACCCUGACAAUCAAUUUGCUCAAGCUUUUUGCACGCUUCUCUACCAUGACAGAGGACAUGCUGCAAAAGACAAACCUCUCAAAAUUACUCCCUAAGUUCUUGAAGAAAGGUGCACAGCAAGUCAAAGAUCUCACUCAAAAGAUUCUGGACAAUGCCACCGCCUCCACCAAACGUAAACAAGAAAAUGACAAACUUCCUAAAGAAGAUGUCAAAAUUACUGAAAAGCCUGAUCCAGCUGGAAUGAAACGUCCACGCGAGGCAGACGGAAGUCUGCAGGCUGGGACAAAAAGAAUGGCGACAGCAAACAAAGACGCGUCGAAAACAGCCGUAGGCAAUGGCACUAAGGGAGCCCAAGCCAAGGCUGUUCCUGCGCGCCCAAAAGCCAACAUAGUGGCACCAAAGCCAAUCAGUCUGUUUGGUGCAUUGGGCUCGGCAUCCAAGAGGCCAGGAACUACCAAUGCAGAGAGGGCUGCUGCAGCCGCCGCAGCCAAAACAGCUCCUGCCCCCAAGGAGAAGACGCCGCCUCCAAAACCUGCUUUCUCCUUUGGUGAUUUGAUGGCAGAUCUCAACAAACCCAAGGAAGCACCAGCCCCCAAACCAGCAGAAGAUCAGCCAACAGAGACCGAAGAGGAGCGUAGCAAGAGAUUACGCAAGGAAGAGCGUCGUAAGUUGCGCGUGACCUGGAAAUCCGAUGAUUCUCUUACCGAGGUUCGACUCUUCACCCACGACCCCGACGAGGAAAUAGGCCCUGGUGAUGGAUCUGCACGUGGCCUGGGAGAUAUCAAGGGUGAAGGUAGUGUGCUCAAGCUCCAUAAGGAUAUGGAUGAACUCGAAGAGGAUGAUCUUGGUGGUAUGCGCGAGACCGUCUUCCAAGAAUACACUGGCCUGUCAGGCAUCGAUUUUGACUUUGAGGAGCCAAAAGAUCAGAGUUUCAUUAAACGCGGCGGUCCACAGCUUCCAACAAGCCCCGAAAAGGAGGCACAGGAGCAUCGGGAAUCAACGACACUCAUGGUAUUCUAUACCUCUCCUGCAGAAAUGCCUGCAUCGGCCAAGGAGCCACCUUCCCCUGACCCGGACGAGGUUGAAUUUGACGAAGUGCCUUUCGGAGAGCUUCCUGACCACAUCAAGGCCCGAGAGGAACGCUAUUACGCAUACAUUAAUCCCAAGCCUGUGGCCACACAACCAGCGCAGCAACCUAACCCGGUUGCCCCCGGCCAUGACUUUUCCAACUUGUUUAACAUCGUCCAGAGUGUGUCUGGACAGGCGCAGUCAAACCCACCGCCCGUAGCAAACCAGCCUGCCGCAAUGCCCGGUUAUGAGCAGGCAGUUAACAUGUUUGUUCAACAGCAACAGCCUCAAAUGCCGGUUCUCCCACAGAUGCCUGCCGGUGGUCUCCAAGGGGUUGAUCUCAAUCAGAUCUUAAAUGUUAUGAAACAAUUCCAACCCCCAGGUCAAUCACAGCCAGGCAUGGCACCCAACCUUGGUGCUAUGUUCCCGCCAUUUGGUGGUCAAUUCCAACCACAAGGCAAUGACUAUGAUGAUGAGCGCAAGCGAGGGCGCGAUGCCCCGCAGCAUGACAGUGAAUUUGACCCUCAAUGGAGUCGCUCGAAGCGUACUAGGGUUACUGAUAAGCCUUACAAGGUUGGACUCGUUGCUUGCAAGUUCUGGGCCGACGGCAAGUGUCGUAAGGGCGAUAACUGUACUUUCCGCCAUGAUGCUCAAUGA